CUUCCCACCUUCCACACUUGUUUUCUCUUUGUGUCCUUUCAUUUCCAAAAUUUUCUCUCCGAUUAAAAUUUUACUAUUUUCCGGCCAUCUCUCCGGCCAAAUCCUGCCGGAAAACUCUAAUUUUUAAGCGACUUUUGCAUGUAGACUUCGAAAUCAAGGUGUUUUACGGAAUUAAUCGAGGUGGGCACAAACUAGGUAGAUACGAGAGUCAUAAAAAAAAAAAAGCUCGGAUUGCUAUUACUUGUCAGCGAAUUGAAGCAAUAGAAGGAAAGAUGAUGCAACACAAAAGAAGUCCAAUUUCCCUCGAGCAUAGCAGCAGCCUCACAUCUCUUACACCAAAACGACUAAAGGCCGAUAUGCCCAUUUCCUCCAAGGAGAAGAAGGAGAAGUUUGGUGAACGUAUUGUUGCUCUUCAACAGCUGGUGUCACCAUAUGGCAAGACAGAUACGGCUUCUGUUCUCCUUGAGGCAAUGGGAUACAUAAAAUUCCUCCAUGAACAAGUGAAGGUGUUGAGUGCACCAUACCUCGGAACUAUGCCAAUGUCGAAGACACAGGAAUCACAACCUUACAAUUUGAGAAGCCAAGGCUUAUGUCUUGUGCCGGUAUCAUAUACUGUUGGUGUGGCAAGCAGCAAUGGUGCUGAUAUUUGGGCUCCCAUUAAGACCUCACAAAAGUUCUAGUCCAGAGAACGAUUUGUGAUUUCACCAUCACUUACGUCCAUGGUAAGGUCUUCGAUUGACAAUAACACAACCAGCGUUUCAAAAAAAGCAGCCGAAAGGAUGCAUUUUCAACAUGGAGAUGCAGGUAUGUGAUGAUUCUCCUGGCAAGGUCCACUUGAUUUUUUGUGGUUCAAACGUCUAAGGAGAACGUAGAGCUUGUUGUUCUGAUAAAUACUAGUAGCCAGAUCUAAUUUGAGGGCUAAUAUAUAAAGACAGCCUGGGUUAUGUCUAGGUUUUUAACAGAAAUGUAUAUUUAAGAAAGAAAUAUUAUGUAGUGAUCUAUGAUGCAAAUGUAUCAAAGAUGGACUUGUAUUAUAUAUGAGAAGCAAUGGAAGCUCUGGAAUAACUUGUUUAAUUCAGAAAGA